CGCAGGGAUGGCUGCAUGAGUAGUGAAAUCUUAGGGCUGGGCUGCUCGGGUGAUUUAGUAGUAAGGGAGGAAGUAUUAACUUCGUAGUACUUUAGACAAGGGAGUAUGUUGCUCAAAGGGGGAGAAACAUGCGAAGGAUCUCUGCAAUUCCUGCAACCGGGGGGGUUCAUUUGAUUCUUUAUGGGUUCUUAGGGAAUUUGCCGGGCCUUUGUCUCGCUUUUAUUCCCCAUAAUAGCUCUAUUUUCAGGGCCUGCUGUUCUUCUUUUUCCUUCAGUCUGGGUCGGUCUCCACUGUCUGUUUACGGCAGCGGGGAUCUCAUCCAUUCGAGGUCCACGGAGGGUAGUAUUGGGGAUCCUCAGUUUCUUUUUAUAAAUAUUCAAUAUUAAAAGGUUGGG